AUGUCCGACGACGAAGGAACUCGGGCGACGAGAUCGCGCUCGCGAGGCAAGUCGCCGCCUGUCGAUGGCGCCGACAACACUGGCAACUCGCUGUAUGCGGCCAGCCUUCCGCUUCGGUUGAACAAGGUUGAGUUUGAGGAAAUGUUCUCCAAGUAUGGCCCCCUUGUGAGCUGUGACUUGAUUGAAGAUCCCAUCACACAUGAAUCCAGAGGUUUUGGGUUUGUGGUCUACGAGGACAAGCGGGACGCCGAUGACGCCCUGAAAGCCUUGCACGACAAAGAAGUGCUUGGGAAGCGCAUCCGCGUUGAAAAGUCCAAGCGUUCGAAGCCGCAUGCCAAGUCUCCUGGCCAUUUGCAGAUUUGGGCCCUGCGAGUGCCAGUGCCGCGGCUAGGGCGAAGAACCGAUCGAGGGACCGAAACGACCGUCCCCGCGAUCGGUCACGGGACCGUCGGUCUCCGCCUCGGUAUCGGUCGCGUGACCGUCGAGACCGGUCGCCUCGGCAUCGGUCGCGUGACCGACGGGAGCGUUCGCGUGACCGUGAUGGAGACCGCCGCGACGACCGUCCACGGGACCGAUCCCGUGACCGCCGUCAUUGAGGACGCCAUCAUCUAA